UUGCACGUUAUUUCUUCUUACAAAGUCGGAAAUAGUUAUUCCGUUGUUGGUUCUUGAGUUUAAAAUUUGUUUACUGCACAGCGAUGCAACAGUUAACUUUUAUAUCGUAAGUUUAUACUUUAAAUACUUAAUUGAUCCUUAUUUAAAGGAAUACUCAGGUAAAUUUAUGCAUUGUUUGAAUCACCGCUUCGUUUGUGUAAAGCCUCGUUCAUUAGAUAACUGUUAACUCUAUUUACUUUUAUAAGUUCAAAUUUCCUCGACAAUUGUUUACCUUAACUUUUAUUAAGGAAAAUGUCAUUGUUUAUAUUUGUUUAUACAGAGUGACUGUUUUUAUAUUGUUUAAUCACUCUGAUAGUCACCAGUGUUAGGUAGGCUAGGGCACCCACAUUUGUAAUGCGUAAUGCAGAUAGUGUCAUAAUUUUUAUUGUGCCUGGUGACUAAUAUUAUGUUCAUUCCUAAUCGGAGACCUGCAACAAUAAACGUCAUCUUGUAAUUGUCUAAAGGCUUCCCUGUUCUAAAUUUUAGUGCAAUCGUCCCAAACCUUUUGGACUGGACAUUGCAAAAUGGGUCCUCCCACAGCAAGCGAGUUAUAGAAUUCCCCAUAUAACGUCAUAGUCAAAAACAUGACACGACAAUAUGAAGGUUAUAGACACCAACCAAUAUCAAAAGACAACUACUGUCUGAAUGGAGGGCCAAUUUCGUUUCGCCCACGUUAUGGAAAGUCCAUACCAAACUGUUUGCCUGCCCCAGGACCAGUAAUAAAGCAAAAAUUUGUUAAUAUCAACAUAUUUAAGCCCGUUCCCUACAACUGUCCAAGAAACAGCUAUGUGUGUGGAUAUUCCAGAGUCCCAAUGGAUAUCCAUGGAAACGUCAAAGUAAAGUGUUGCACAGCUGUAGGAGUGACCUAUGACGAGAGAGAAUGCGUCCGCUAUUUUCGCGUUGAGAGUCCAAAUUACCCAUCACCUACAAAAUCCGGAUACUUCUUAGUCGGUUCGACGCCUCUGUUUCUUCCCACAAACCAAGUUGGAUUCUAUAAUAAAGAGUGCCUUUUCCGGAAAGUCCACUACUAA